AUGAGGGUCACACAAAAAAUUAUUACUUCCACAGAGCGUGCGAGGCAGUUCAGGAGGACUAUAAAAGAGAGCCCAGCUCUCUCCUCUCUCAUCCACUUCUCUCGCCCCCUUCUCCUUGGGAACCAGGUGCACCUCCGGCCCCGAGACAUGUCCUGCUGCAGCCCGUGCCAGCCCUGCGUGCCCUGCUGCCAGCCCUGUGGCCCGACCCCGCUGGCCAACAGCUGCAAUGAGCCCUGUGUCAGGCAGUGCCAGAGCUCCACCGUCGUCAUCGAGCCCUCCCCCGUGGUGGUGACCCUGCCUGGCCCCAUCCUCAGCUCCUUCCCACAGAACACCGUUGUGGGCUCCUCCACCUCCGCCGCCGUCGGCAGCAUCCUCAGCUGUGACGGAGUCCCCAUCAACUCGGGGGGCUUUGACCUCUCCUGCAUCACCAGCCGCUACUGUGGCAGAAGGUGCCCCCCCUGCUAAAGCUGCUGGCAGCGUCCUUGGGCAAGACCCUCUGAGACCUCUGAAUAUGGUGCUGCAAUAGAGAGCCAAUGGCAUUGCAUUAAGAGCUUCAGGACAUUGUUUCUUUCUUGCACUCUCUUCUCUCUCUCAUUCCUUUGCUCUCACUAUCUCCUAACACCAGCCUAGCGGGGACCUGUUGGCCUCCCUCUCUCUGCAAGGCAGGCAGACGGACACCCUGCCGGAGCUUCACUGCAUCUUAGUGCCUGGCCCUGGUGCCCCCUGGGAGCCACCUCCUUUUCUUCUUCAGACUCAUUAAAAUUGUGCUGCUUCCAA